UCUCCUUCUUCAUCCACAUCAACGUCUCGCCCCUCCUCGCCCACGCUGGCAGACCGCUUCGACUGGCGUCUGACCGCAUCCGCCUUUCGCCACUUACAUCUCUCCGAGGGACGCCCCCCGCGCCGCCGCCGUCAAGCCUCUGCUCGCCUCUUGCGUACGCUGAAUCGUCAUUCGCCGCAACUCGCAGCGCGCAUCGAAGCGUACCAGCAUCGCCUCACAAUGCUCGUGGAGCUGGAACGCGACCACGAGCGGCGAGAGUGGGAGAGGGUCAGGGCGCGCAGCCUCGAUGAGCUGGUAGCGGAGGGGCGCGCGAUGAGUGGAUUGGUGGGGUAUUGGCAGGGUGGGAUGAGCAAGGGCAAGGCGCGCGCACCCAAGGCUCGAGUCGGUGUAUUCACGCGCGAGGGAAUGGAGAAGCUGGGAUGGUCGCGAUUGAAGGAGGGAGAUCGAGUCGAGCUGAGCGUAGCCGUGCGCGAGGGCGAAGAAGAAGCAACGGGACCGCAACUGCAGGAUCUGCUGCCCAAGGAGGCUACGAUCAGCAACGCCAAGAAGCAGAAAGACAACGCUCCGCCACGCCCCGCGCAACUGUUCGCCACUGUCCUCGCUGUAGAGACGCACCGCCUGCGCCUCCUCUUCCACCCGCCCAACUCCCUCGUCGACCUCGAGGCGUGCCCCUCCUGGCGAAUCGACCUUGCGCCCAACGACGCCAUAGACGUCAAGAUUGACGAAGCCAUCGAGCGACUGGCGGUAGAUGCGGCUGCGCUCGAGGCGAGCGAUGCGGAGGGCAAGCUAGAGCUGCAGGGCACGCAGCUGAGCGCUGCGCUCGUGGGCGAGGCCGACGAACGUGCGCCUACGGGCUCGAUGUUUGAGCAGGACCAGCUAAUCCGCUCCUGGUACACGCGCUACGCCCGGCCAGACCCAUUGGUGUUGGAUGGCGAUCCGGACUUGCGCCUCAACCCUAGUCAGCUGCGCGCCGUAGCUACCAUGCUGGCUAAUCGCAUCUCGCUCAUCCAAGGUCCGCCUGGCACGGGAAAAACGCACACCCUCGUUGCGGCGCUGGUGCUCCUCAAGAAACACUUUGCCGUCGCGGCCCCCGUGCUGCUGAGCGCGCAUACGAACAUUGCCGUGGAUAACCUGUGCGAGGGAGCCAUGCGAGCCGGAUUGGAGGUGGUGCGCGUGGGGCCUUCCAGCCGUUUGGAGGAGGCGGGCUGCACGCUCGAGAAGAAGAUGGAGCAACAUCCGCUCUACACGAGGCUGGAGGGGGUAAGAGCGCAGAUGGCCGGGAUCAAGCGUCGUCUCGCCGCGCUGGAGCACGAGGGCGGCGAAGGGCAAGGUCAAGAUCACGCCCACGAUCCGGCAUCCACCACGUCGGCCGCCUCUCUGCGCGCCAACCUCUCCCCCCUCAUUGGGGAUCAUAGGCAGCUGCCGGCCGUGGUCAAGAGUCGCGAGGCGAGGGAGCAAGGCGGGGAGCGAAGCCUCUUCGAGCGACUCAUAGAGGAAGGCACGACCCCGAGCGUAAUGCUGGAGGAGCAACAUCGCAUGCACCCAGAAUUGGCGGCUUUUUCCAGUCAGCACUUCUACGAGGGCAAGUUACGCAACGCGCCCAGCACGGAGGAGAUUGAUCCACUUGCGUUGGCAGCGGUAUCCGCGUCGCGCCGCCUCAUCUUCAUCGACCACCCGGGCCUCGAGCAUCAUCACCCCAUACCUCGCUCAGGCCCGACUCAUCUCGCCGCGAAUACCCAACGUCGAGGUGAAUACCGUAGAUGGGUUCCAGGGAAGGGAGAAGGACAUUGUCCUCUUUUCGGCCGUGAGGAGUAGCGAGGAGGGAAAGGUGGGGUUCCUCGCUGAUGAGCGGAGAUAGAGGGUUUCACUGCACCUGAGCGGGAACGUCUGUUCUCGCUGCUUGGUAUGCUACGCCGCAUCGCAAUGGCAUCACCAUCUCAACGGGCUGCUCACGCGGAUGAGGAACAGUAGGCGUCGAGCGGGGCUAGCGGGGCAGGCCCGACCACGUGGCUUCGAGACCAACACGCGGCGCGUGCACUGAUCAGCCCAAUCAAUCAGUUCAAGGCCGCCGCCGCCGCUUCCGCCGC